CCAUCAUGCGGGAGAAAAGGUGGCUUCUGCUCGCUCUGUACGGUAUAGUCUUGGCCAAUGCAGUUUCUGCCGCGCUCAAGGCUACCAGGCCGAAAUUCAAGAUCGCGACUACCUCGACUACGACCACCUCCACGACCACCGAGGAGAGUCCCGUCCACCAGAACGAGAACGAAGAUGCAGAGCCGACCACGACGACGCUGGCCACCGAGACGAACGCGACCACCGGCCACGUUCUCACGGGAAUCCCACAGAUCGACUACAUAUGGGACCCGAAUCUUCCACGUGAACUGAAUGGUUACAAUCUAAGCGAUUAUCCGUUCUACAACAGCAUACCCGAAGACAUCGACUUCAAAUGCGACGGCCUACACGACGGAUUCUACGCGAGCGUGCCACACAAAUGUCAGGUGUACCAUCACUGUUUGUUCGGCACGAGAUACGAUUUCCUCUGCGCAAACUUCACGGCGUUCGAUCAGAAGACCUUCAUCUGCCACUUCGUCUCCGAGGUCGACUGCGCCAAUUCGAAGAAGUACUGGCACAGGAACGAUGCUCUCUACAAGGCAGCCACGACCUCGACGACGUCCACCACGACGACGACCACACCGGCCCCGGUGACGCCCGCCGCUGGACGAUCGUCGUCCAGAGACAGAGAUCUUCCGCGAAGAAGAAGGCCGUCCAGAAGACGACCGUCAUACGACUACUACGAGGAGGAGUAUUACGACGACGACUACAGUCGUCCACGCGUAUACAGCCGGGAUGACUACGACUACGACGACCGAAAGUACAGAAGGGAUAGAGAUCGUGAGUUCCGAGAUCGGGAUCGCGAUCGUGAUUUCCGAGACAGAGAUGCUCCAAGGUCCAGGGAUGGAGUCGCCAGAGACGACAGAGAUCGUGAUACCAGCGGCGCCAGGGACAGAUACCCGAGCAGAAACAAUAGGAGAGACCCGAGCAGAACGAGAGACCCCCUCGAGGAGGACACCAGAGUCAGGCCGAGAGAGCCCGAUCAAGCAUCAAGGUCCACGUCGAGGGAAGUCGACGACACCGAGUUGGACGAUCGACGAACCGAGUCCAGAGUCAGAGACGGCGACGAUCGUCGAUACUCCGACAAGAGAUACAGAGACGAGUACGACGAUAAGGAGCUUGUGUCCGCGUCUGCAGUCACGAUCGCGGACACACACGGUCUUGUGAAGCCGGCAGCCCCUGCAACGUCGGUUUACGCCAGACCAAGAGCUCCUCCGAAGAUCAGAAGACCGGUGCCUCUGUCCGAACAGGACAAAUACGCUUACAAGACUCCUGCCGCGCAAACGACGGAAGAUCCUCGAAGAAGACCCACUACGGAAACGGAGGACGAUUACUACGAGGACGAAGAGGAUUUUCGACCGAUCAGAAGACCGCUGAGAAGAAGGCCGUCUUACAGGGAGAGGGACAGAGAUUUUUAUGAUACCAGGGAUAGGGACAGGGAUAGAGAUCGACCCCUCAGAUCACGUUAUCGCGACGAGGAGGAGGACAUGCGGCCGAGAAAGCACUCCGAUCGCUCGAGAGAUCGGUACUACGAUCGAGACAGGGAUCGAGGUGCUGACCGCGGUAGGGACCGAUCUCUCGAUCGUGGAAAGGACCGUACCCCGGACAGAUCGUUGGAUCGCGAUCGAGGACGAACACAGGACAGAGACAGAGACGUGGAUCGUCCUAGAACGGGUUCGCGAUCCAAGGAUCUGCAAGAUCCUACGGACGCGCCACCGAGGAGAGGUAACGCGCAUGAAAGAACUACAGCGUCGACGACAACCACCUGUCUGCCCGAGCAACUGAAUCACAAAGUAGAAACGGACACGAAAGAACAGACACACACGGAAAGGCCAACCAGGCCGACGCAAAGUCCAACGACCCGAGCUACGAUCGAGGACGGAGAAUCUCAUCGAACGAAUCAUCAGCAUGCAGACUACCAAGAAAGGGAUCACGAGGAGAGACGGGAACAAGGUGGUCAAUAUCAGACCGCGUCGUUGGAGGAAUAUUCGCAAGACUACUACGAUGAACCGGAAGAUCCGCCCGUUCCUACGCCGCGAACAGCGGUUCGGAUCGUAAAACGACCGUUCCUGCCGUCCAGAGGCGGAAAUCCAAAUCCGAGGGGCUUGUCGCCGGUCGGCUCGAAGGCAACCACACUCAGAGGGGACGAAGAUAGACCAACCGAAAGAACUACGAUCCAGGAGAGGCCCAAGAGUUAUUACACGCACGAGGCGACGCAAGAGAAUCCCCCGGAGCACAAUCAACAGUCCAAAGCGCGUCAGGAGGAGAAAGAUAGUUUCGACUCGUACAAAACUGUUCCGUCUGAAAGCGAACGGGAAGACAGACCGGACGAAUACGACACCUCCCUCGUGAGACCCGCGGUUCGUCGACCGAGCGACAGACAGCGGGAGGAAGAACCGCAGAAAUCCCUGGAGGAAUCGUUCGUCAGGGGACCGAAGCAAGAGCAACGUCACGAAGACCGACAGAAUUACGAGGAGGGAUUGUCGAAAUGGCCCACCGAGGACUACUCGAACCACAACCAAAAUAACGAGGGCAACACGCAUGGCGUUUCCGGUCGCGGCAAAGGGAGACUAACCGCGAGCGAGAAUCCAAACGUUUACGGUCCCGGUUUCAAGAACGACGAGAAUCACGAGCAUCCAACGGGGCCGGGCAAUUUCCGUGUGAAACAACGGAUCAACGAGGUAACCCAUCGGCUCCAAGACAUCCCGGAGAGCGAGUACGAUGUCACUCUGAACGAUGCGUUGACGCCCACGUUGAAUCAGGAGACCAACUUGCCCAGCGGAUUUGUUCUGCCUCUCCACAGACAACUCGGAAGAGACGCUGCCCUCCAACCGUCCGAAAACAAUUACAAAGUCUCGAGGCCCGUUAAUCAACAGCAGCAGCAGCAGCAGCAACAACAACAACAACAACAGAAGCCAUUUGUGCCCAGUCCUCAGUUUCUGCCGGCUGCUCCCAACAACGACAGGCUGAGGACCGUGUACUACAGACCGCCCGAGACGAUUCAGAUCAGCAGCGGAGCGCCGUACAGAGCACAAAGGGGUCCGUGGCACGAUUACACCGGUUAUUGAACAGAAUUACAGCAAUUCGAAUUGAAAAGCUUUCGAGUUUCACGGAACGAAUCGUUCGAUCUCUCGUAAAGCUGAACAUGUCGUGGACGAAUGUAAUCGAUGCUCGUCUUUGGGGGAGCAGCCUUUUUCGACCAAUCCUCUUUCGGAAUAAAGA